UGCUGUUCGCACGCGACUACAUCCGCUUCACCCGCGUCCAAGACAGAACACGAAGGCAAUUAACCGCGUGGUGUGUUCAAUCAAGACGGGAUUGUUGCGCAAUUAGUUUUGGGGCAGGUUUUCGCGAGGUGCUGUUGGAUUUUAGUCGGUGUAUCGAGCGUCCUAGCAGAUUAUUGCGUUUUAACAGAGGUAGAUUAACAUUCCAGAGACCGGAGUGAGUGAGAGUGCAUUUCCUCACUCUACAGGUGAACUCCACAGAAUGAAGCGUAUUUCUUUAUGUGGUUUAAUAGCGGUUUCUGUGUUUGUCGCAGUGGUUGUCGAUUCCAGGCAUACAGAAGCUGGUUCCAAAACUGAAAAUGUCAUACCAGAUUCAAUUGACAUCAAAGUUUUACGGAAACGAGAGGCAAUUAACGAAAUCCAGAAGGACUACCCCUACGUUAACGGACGGACUUUCCGGGCGUCAGCCCCUUUGAGCCCGACAGCCCGGGUGAAGGCUGAGAUCCCGCAAAGCCUUGCCUCUUUUGAGCCUGUUAACACCAUAAUGCAGCCGGAAAUAGACAAUAUUGAAGAGGGUGGCGCGAAAGACGGCGUCAUCGAGAGACGCUUGGAUGGCCGUAAAAGCGAUAAAACAGCGGCGCUCGGCGGAGGCUUUGUUCCCGGCGACGACGGCGAUGAUGAGGAAGACGAGGCAGAAGAUGGUGAUUCCGACCACGACCAGGAAGGUACCACGCAGUACGGCGCUCAGUUACCUUACGUCCACACGACGUCAGAGGAAGUGGGCCGCAAUACCGACGAGUCUGGUCAAACAGUGUCUGUAACACGACGAAGAGUUGUUCUUACCGCAAAUGGCACAGGCAGUGAUCCGUCACGAUCAGGAUACGGAAUGGACGGAAGGUACCCGGGUUACAGCACUGGGGACCGGUCAUAUGGUUCUUACUACCCGAGCGAGGCUAGAACAACCUCAGAUAGCCGGACGGCCGGUGUAGUGUCCGGCAAUACUAGGAACACAGGCGGUGGUUAUGAUUCUACCGGAUCACGAUACACUGGAAGCAGAUACCCAACAAGUCGACCGGAAGAGCGCGGGGCCUAUUACAGUGGACCUCGCUACAUUGACAGCAACGGUCACUACGUGGACGCUCAGGGUCGCCAUUUGGAUUCCACGGGAAGGUACUAUGAUACCAGUGGGCGGUACCAGGACGCACAUACAAAUCAACGCGUGACGCAGGUUUCUGGGGGCGAGGAAGAGUCGGAACGCCGUGAAUACGGAACUAAACAAGGAUACCAGUAUGUCGGUAACGGACGGUACGUCCCAACCGGAAGUUCACCUACCCGAUACACGUCAGGAAGCGGAUAUCAGACAGGUACGCGGACAUCGGAAGUCGAGGUGGACCGGUCACAGAGUAGACCCGUGAACAGCUAUGGGGGAACUCAGUUCUACAGCGGCGGGGCAAACUAUCGUACAACCUAUGAUCCUAUAGUGUCUCAGAUAUCGUCCGAUCCGAACUGCCCUGUCACAGGCACCCGAGUGACUAUCAACGGCCUGAGCUGCCACAGCGCUAUAUCUCAGCUGGGCCGCUACGUCUGCUACAACUACGAGCGCGUGUCCGGGGACUGCUGCGAGCGCUGUCUACAGGUCAAACGACCCGAUAAAGCCGGUUGCGAGUACGGCGACAGAUCGGACCAGUGCCGCGACAUUCAGGCAUUCGAUUGUUACAACGACCGCAAUCGGCAAAUAUGUUGCGAACGAUGCGAACAUUUCCGGUCGCAGAUACCACAGCAGCUAUCCACGUGCCAGUUUGGCGACCUAACGCCGCGAUGUCAGGAGAUCAGAGAGAAACCGUAUCUGUGCUAUCUGCCAGACAACCAGAGAAUCUGCUGCAGCACUUGUCCCAGGCUGGCCAACAGAGAGAGAUCGGACUGCCAAUGGGGAGACCAAAGUCCAGAAUUGUGUCAGCCGUUUGACGCCAACCGCCGUUUGAAGAUCAACUGUUACUUAUCGCACGUGCGCGAAAUCUGCUGCUCAACGUGCCCGAGCCUUCAGGCGCGCCUUCCAGAAGCCGUGGCUGGUUGCGAAUACGGCGAUUCGCCUGUACUCUUCAACACUGGCCGAGGUGUGUUCGGGUGCUCGGAAUAUAUUCGUAACUACGGCUUCAGUGAAUGUGACAAUCCAGAACUGAGCAGGGAGUGUUGCUACACAUGCUAUAGAUACCGUAAACACAGAGGCUUGAAUUAGAAAAGUUACAGAGAACAUAAACAAAAUGAAAUAAAAGUGCUGUUCGAUAUAUAUUGACAUUACAUAAUUGUAUCGAUAUUGUUUUACGUGGUGUGAAGGGUAAACAUAAAUGAGGUUGCUUAAGUAUGUUGAACAUAUAUUUGCAUUUGGUAUACACAUGUAUAUUUCUGUUG